CCUAAAUGGCAUUUCAGUAAUUAAUUCCAACCCACCAGCCCCUUUCCGAAACCUCCACUACCCACUCUCAAGUUCCAGCAAACGUGCUCCGGACAUCAACGGGGACAACUCGGCGGAGUUUCGAGCUCGAACAACUCCCGGAAUCUAUGUCCUCUCAAAUCUAGGGUUUUAGGGGGGAAAAAAUCAUCUUUCUUCAAAAAUCCGCGCUCAUAUUUGGGCGAAUCUCAUGGCGAUUCCAGUGGAAGAAGCCAUUGCUGCUCUCUCCACCUUCUCGUUAGAGGACGAGCAACCAGAUCUGCAGGGGCUUGCUGUUUUGAUUUCUACUGAGAGAUGCGCGACGAAUAGCCCUAUAGAAUAUGGUGAUGUUUCUGCCUAUCGCUUAUCUUUGGCGGAGGAUACAAAAGCAAUUAACCAGUUGAACACCCUGAUUCAAGAAGGAAGGGAGAUGGCAUCUUUGCUAUAUACAUAUCGCAGUUGUGUCAAGGCUCUUCCACAGCUGCCUGAUUCUAUGAAGCAUAGCCAACCUGACCUGUACCUGGAGACGUAUCAAGUUCUUGACUUGGAGAUGAGUCGAUUACGUGAAAUCCAGCGCUGGCAAGCAUCUGCAGCUUCUAAACUGGCAGCUGACAUGCAGAGAUUUUCUAGGCCAGAAAGACUGAUAAAUGGGCCUACAAUAACUCAUUUUUGGUCUAUGAUCAAGUUGCUUGAUGUCCUUGUGCAGCUUGAUCAUUUAAAAAAUGCGAAAGCUAGCAUACCAAAUGAUUUUUCAUGGUAUAAAAGAACUUUUACCCAAGUAAGCAUUCAGUGGCAGGACACAGAUUCAAUGAGAGAAGAGUUAGAUGACCUUCAGAUAUUCUUAAGCACAAGGUGGGCUAUUCUAUUGAAUCUGCAAGCUGAGAUGUUUCGUGCCAACACUGUAGAAGAUAUUCUGCAAGUGCUUAUAGUGUUCUGUGUUGAGUCUUUAGAAUUAGACUUUGCACUUUUGUUUCAAGAGCGCCAUGCCCUACUUCGGGUUUUGCCAGUACUUGUCGUCUUGGCAACCUCAUCUGAGAAAGAUGCAGAAUCACUCUAUAGAAGGAUUAAGAUAAACCGCCUUAUUAACAUCUUCAAGAAUGAUCCUGUGAUUCCUGCAUUUCCAGAUCUUCAUCUUUCUCCUGCUGCGAUUCUCAAAGAACUGUCAAUGUACUUUCCAAGUUUUUCCAGUCAAACUCGUCUUCUUACUCUUCCUGCACCGCAUGAAAUUCCUCCACGGGAAAUGCAAGAUUAUCAGAGGCAAUAUUUGAUUGUAAACCAUAUUGGAGCUAUUCGUGCAGAGCAUGAUGAUUUCUCUAUCCGCUUUGCUUCAUCGAAGAAUCAGAUGGUGAUCUUAAAAUCGACAGAUGGUGCAGAUAGUGAUUGGUCCAGGGAAGUCAAAGGAAACAUGUAUGAUAUUGUUGUUGAAGGUUUUCAGCUUCUUAGCAGAUGGACAGGCCGAGUUUGGGAACAAUGUGCUUGGAAAUUUUCCCGCCCUUGUAAAGAUCCGGCUUCUUUUGAUUCUUAUGAAAGCUCCACAACAUUUUUUGAUUAUGAGAAGGUGGUACGUUGGAACUAUACACCAGAUGAAAGAAAAGCCUUAUUAGAGCUUGUCAGUUGCAUAAAAAGUGUUGGUUCAAUGAUGCAACGUUGCGAUACACUAGUAGCAGAUGCUUUAUGGGAAACCAUCCAUGUGGAGGUCCAAGAUUUUGUACAGGAUAAACUGGAUAGCAUGUUGCGGACUACUUUUCGCAAAAAGAAAGACCUAUCAAGGAUUCUUUCUGAUAUGCGAACUCUUUCAGCAGAUUGGAUGGCAAAUACAAGCAAGUCUGAGCAGGAGUUUCAUUCUCUGCAUCAAGAAAAUGAGGAGAAUAAACAAAAUAUGAUCUUUCCCAGGCCAGUGGCUCCAACUGUUGCUCAGGUACAUUGCCUGCAAUUCCUGAUCUGUGAGCUCGUUUCUGGUGGUAAUUUAAGGAAACCUGGAGGACUCUUUGGAAACAGUGGGUCAGGAAUCCCGAUCGAAGACCUCAAACAACUAGAGACAUUCUUUUACAAGCUCAGCUUUUUCCUUCAUAUACUGGAUUAUACAGCAACAAUUGGCACAUUAACGGAUCUUGGAUUUCUUUGGUUUAGAGAAUUUUAUUUAGAAUCUUCUCGUGUCAUCCAGUUUCCAAUUGAAUGUUCUCUUCCUUGGAUGCUGGUGGAUCAUGUGAUUGAGUCUCAAGAUGCUGGACUUAUUGAAAGUAUUCUGAUGCCUUUUGAUAUCUAUAAUGACUCUGCUCAACAUGCAUUGACUGUUCUGAAACAGCGUUUUCUAUAUGAUGAAAUUGAAGCCGAGGUUGAUCUGUGUUUUGAUCAGCUUGUUUUCAAGCUCAGUGAGAUUAUCUUUUCAUAUUAUAAAAGAUGUGCAGCUAGUGACCUACUUGAUGAAUCAUUCCUCGCUGCCUGUGAUGAUGCUGACAAAUAUUCAGUUAGGCCUUUAAGAUUCAAUGAGAUUUUCAAGCUGAGAAGAGUAAAGCUUUUAGGAAGGACCAUUGACUUGAGGACAUUAAUUACUCAAAGGAUGAACAAACUGUUCAGGGAAAAUAUUGAUUUUCUGUUUGAUCGCUUUGAAAACCAAGAUUUAUGUGCCAUUGUGGAACUGCAGUUGCUCUUGGAUAUGUUGAAGCUCACUCAUCAGUUUCUUUCUAAACAUCUUGAAAUAGACUCAUUUUCUCUUAUAUUGAAUGAGAUGCAGGAGAAUCUUUCUCUUGUUUCAUUUUCCAGUAGACUUGCUUCUCAGAUUUGGGCAGAGAUGCAGAAUGACUUCUUACCAAAUUUUCUCCUUUGCAAUACCACGCAAAGAUUCGUCCGGUCUUUGAAAGGGCCUCGCCAAGCUAUUCAAAGAAUGGAUACUCCAGUUCCUAAGCCUUAUUUCUACUGUGGAUCUCAGGAGUUGAACUUGGCUUACCAAAGUUUGGCUGGAUUAUAUUCUGAGUUCUUUGGAAUUCCCCACAUGACUGCAAUUGUCAAACUUGUGGGAUCCAGAUCAUUACCCUGGAUUAUUCGUGCUUUACUAGACCAUAUUGCGACCAAGAUUACAUCAGUUGCUCCUAAAAUUGCUGGAUUGCAAGAAGUGCUGCCAAAAUCAAUUGGGCUUCUUCCAUUUGAUGGUGGUAUAGCAGGUUGUCAAAGAAUUGUUCAUGAGCAGCUUACCUGGGGCACAAAGUCGGAACUUAAGGCAGAAGUACUUCAUGGUCUGAAGGAAGUAGGGAGUGCAAUUUACUGGAUGGGCCUCCUUGACCUUGUUCUCAGAGAAGUUGACACAACACAGUUCAUGCAGACGGUCCCAUGGUUAGGAAUGAUUCCUGGAUCAGAUGGACAAGUAAAAGUUGCUGAGUGUGGCAAUAGCCCCAUUGUUGAUUUGUUCAAAUUUGCUACUACUGCAAUUGUUCACAAUCCUGUCUGUCCUAAUCCAUCAUCAUUUAAAACAAUGUCAAAACAAGCAGAAGCUGCUGGUAAGAAAUGGUUCACUUACAAAGAUAGCCUAUAGAUUUGUGCUUAAUUA